AUGAAGCAACAGCAAAGUGGUACAGCAUCUCAACUCUUCAAGUUCCUCAAAAUAAGUUUUGCUUUUGCAAAACGAACUUUUAACUUCCCACAUUCAGUGAGCUGUGUUAUAGUCAACAUGACUUGCAGCCACGUUUGUUGUAAUUUUUUAAAUAUGUGGAAAAAAAGAAAGAUAUCGACCAUGUAUUACCUUAACCAAGAUGCCAAAUUAUCUAACUUGUUUCUCCAGGCAAGCAGCCCAACCACAGGAACAGCUCCCAGGAGCCAGUCAAGAUUGUCUGUCUGUCCAUCCACUCAGGACAUCUGUAGGAUCUGUCACUGCGAAGGGGAUGAAGAGAGCCCCCUCAUCACACCCUGUCGCUGCACGGGCACCCUGCGCUUUGUCCACCAGUCCUGCCUCCAUCAGUGGAUCAAGAGCUCAGACACGCGCUGCUGUGAGCUCUGCAAGUAUGACUUCAUAAUGGAGACCAAGCUCAAACCCCUCCGGAAGUGGGAGAAACUACAGAUGACCACGAGUGAAAGGAGGAAAAUAUUCUGCUCUGUCACAUUCCACGUCAUCGCCAUCACCUGUGUGGUGUGGUCCUUGUAUGUAUUAAUAGAUCGGACAGCAGAGGAGAUCAGGCAAGGCAAUGACAAUGGUGUUCUAGAAUGGCCAUUCUGGACAAAACUGGUUGUGGUGGCCAUCGGCUUCACAGGAGGUCUCGUCUUCAUGUAUGUACAGUGUAAAGCCUACGUCCAGUUGUGGCGCAGGUUGAAGGCCUACAACCGUGUAAUCUUUGUGCAGAACUGCCCGGACACUGCCAAAAAGCAGGAGAAGAGCUUCUCGUGUAACGUCAACAUGGACACCAAGGAUGCGGUCGUGGUGCCUGUGUCACAAACGGGUCCAAAUUCCCUGCCCUCCCUGCCCCCCGCAGAAGACAGCCCUCCGGAAGUGAUGCCAGUGUGACUGAUACAACAGGUGGGAGUUCCUUCAAAGAAGAUCUUUCUAACCCUCGGCCACAACAAAUGACAGAGAUGAUCCUGAAUUACUCACUUUCUGUAUCUUCUCCCCUUUCUCUCACUGACUCGUUUCCCUUAUUUGGCUUAGAAAGGAAAGGAGGAGAAGACACCAAAUGGUAAGACCCCAUAAAACAGAGUCUGAAGUGAUAUGGAAACGUGACAAGUUUGCUGAAGAGUCGUCUCUGAAAGGAUUAAAAGUCGCCGGAGCAAGGAAUACUUUCAGGCAAUGUUCAUCAUCAGACCAAAUGGGCACACGAGUCUUCACAGUAGCAGGGGAGAGUUUAAGAACACAGACUUGAAUUGCAAUGUGUAUUUCUUCUAAGGCCUCGUGAUGUUAACUAUCUCGUCUGGAAAUAGCAAGCCUAGUUGGUUUUAAGCUUGAAUUGUCCGCAUUGCCCCUCACGCACAUCAGAAGCACACUGGGAGGAUGCAUCUUUGAUAUUCACACUUUGACGGAGAACAGAAUUUGAUGGUUAGUGCAGUCCAGUUGUUUUGACAGAUGCAUGAUUUUAAAAGACACAGUAUGUAUUUGAAGAUAUUAACUUGGAAUUCUAUUUAAAUGGUGAACAAAAGAUUUUCAAAGAUUGGGGGGGGGGGAUUUUUUGGCUGUUAAAUAUCCACAUAAGUUGAAAUCAAGUCUCAGGUUCCAUAUUUUAUCUGGACCCUCUAAAACAGUGUAGUGUAGCAGAAGUGUAAUGUGAGCUACAAGUGCAGGCUACCUAUGUAAAUUUAAAUUUUUCUAGCAGUCUCAUUAGAAGCUUUUAAAAGAAAAUAAGUGGAAUUAAUUUUUGAGAAUGUCUUUUAUUUGACCCUAUGUAUUCAAGUUAUUUCAACAUAUUAUCAAUAUUAAAAAUUAUUGACUCUGGCUGGGUAGUUCAGCUGGUUAGAGCAUGGUCCCACAAGUUUGAUCCCUGGUCAGGGCACAUACAAGAAUCAACCAAUGAAUGCAUAAAUAAUUGAACAACAAAUCAAUGUUUCUCUCCCUAAUCUCAAUAAAAAAUUAUUGAGGUAGUUUACAUCUCUUUUUAUGAACCAAGUCUUUGAAAUUCAGUUUGUACUUUAUCCUUACAGCAUAUCUCAAUUUGAAUUAACUAUAUUGGCUUAGCACAGCCCUAAACUUGGAGACAGAGCCUCUGAUUCAUUCAACAGUUGAAUACUUCAAAACAGCAGCUUAAUUCACUCUUUCACUCAAAGUCUCACAAAUGUUAUAAUUUUACAAAGCACUAAAUUAAUCAAAUUAAAUAGGCUGGUUGAAAAGUUAGACAAAGUCACUAAAGGAUGAAAAAAACGAAAGUAUAGAAAGAUACAGCCAUUUGCCUGGGGCAAGGUUCUGAAAGGAACUUGUUUGCUAUGAUGAAGCACUUCUGAAGGGGAAAAUAACAAUUAAAUAUUUUGUUAUUAAGUCAAAUGUGUAAGGCUUUUUUUAAAAAAAAAAAAAAUCCAUACAAUGUGUCAACUUGACAGAUGAAUAGUUAAGCAUUUCAACUCUAUUUUUAAAAGCUGACAGUAUUUCCCUUGCUCAGCUGGGAAGCAAAAACAUUCAACAGAUUCUGUGAUAAGUAAUAAAUUGAGUUGUUUAGGUUUGA